AUGGACAUCAUCAUUAUAUCAACUAAUGAAACACGUGACUUUGUUGCUCCACAUUGGUUUUUGCCAGAUAAGCAUACCCUGGCAAUGGGUGCUGCUGGCAAUGGCAGCAACCCAUACUGUUCACAUGUUGGAGAAAGAGAUGACAAAAGUAGUGACAAAAAAUUAGGUCCAGAUUUUACUGCAGCUGAAAUGCAAGCGAGUCCUGUCAAUGGUGAUUUAUCUUUGAUUCGUGUGAAACUGGAGCAGUCAUGGUUAAGUGUACAAGCAUUCAUUGCUGAGCAUGUGACCCCUAAGGAUAUUGAUUUGGCUUGGAGCGAGGAGGUUGUUGUUGGGCUGGAUGGCUUCAGAUAUGUAGGCUGCAAUGACCUAAGAGAUGUUGCACUGAAUAGCUUGCACAUGUUCUUCAAGACUGCAGUUGAUAUCUUAUCCUGUCAAGGGUACACUGAGGAUGCUGUUGUAAAUGCUGUCGUGGACUCUGCACUCUGUUAUCAGUUUGAUGGACCUAUCACUAAGAUCGCUGAGCAUGCACGCACAUUGCUACAGAGUGGCAACCAUUUGGUUGAUCGUUCCUACAGUGAGAAUGUUGACACAGUUCUGCACAUGUUGGGUUUGUAUUUUCUUUGCAAUGCAUCAAGUUUGAUGAAGAAAUACUGUCCAUUUUUCACCUUGGGAGAUGCAUUGUGGUGCAUUCUGCUGUGUGACAUGGAUAUAUCUAUUGCUCGUGCAGCUUUUGCUCCCAUGAGUGGUUAUGGGAAUGGACAAUCAGAAGGCUAUGCUCAUAGUCAGAGUGACUUAUGUGAAGGUCGUGAGAGUGUAAAUGAGUUAUCAGAAGAAUAUAGUUGCAGUGCCACAGAAUCGCCUGCACUAUUCGAGCCACCUCAAUCUGAAGCAAUACAAAUGACGUGGAGCAAUUUUCUGACAAAUUAUAUAGUUUCAUUUCAAAAGUUUGGAGGGAAAAACCAAGAUGCUCCUUCUGCUCAAGAUGAAAAUUCUCCUUCAGUGCCUAGGGCUGUUAACAAAAAGGAAACUAAAAGCAAGCGUAGUAAGACAAAUUCCAUUAAAUCUCAGAAAGACUCAGGGAAGGAUUUGGUAGUUUUCAAGAACAUCCCACAAGUCAAGGGUAUUAUAAGUAAAACAUCAUUAAGAAUGCUAAAGGAGAAUAAAACAUUAACGGCAUUCCUUGCAUCUGCUCAUAGCACUUUGGCAGGCACUUCAGAGGUAGCCAGUGAAAAGGACUCACAAACAUCCAUGCUAGUUCCAACUAAACCUCGUUCUGGACCUUGCUCGGUCAAAAGAGGAUAUUCUCCAGCAGUGGUUUCAAUUGGAUCACUUUCUUAUCCUCCUAGCUGUUCCUCCAACUCAUCAUCUAGUGCAAUGGGCAAGGCAGAGCCUAGGCAGCGAAUGGAACCUGAUGUUGUACACUUCUCUCUCCCAAAUACUCCUGCAGAGGGCUUUGAAUUUCAUUUCUCACGUGAAGGCUUGCAGACCACUUGGGUUCCAAAACAUAGAAAAGAGGAGCUGGCUCUAAAACUAGUCCAGCGCUUGGGUGAGUUAAAGCUGGAGGUGCAAGUUUGGACAGAUUGGGCUAAUAAGAGGGUGAUGCAGUCAACAAAUAGGCUGGUAAAUGAAAGGACUAUACUUUUCUCUCUUAAAAAGGAUAAGGCAGACUUUGAAGGGCCUGAUGUGUUUACAAGGAAGAGGCUUGAGGAGACACAAAGGGCAAUAGACAGUACUUCUUGUGAGCUUGAUCGUGUUAAUUCCCUUGUCCAGGAGCUUACAGAUAAGAUUUCGCUUUGUAGGCGUGAGAAGAAAUCUGUCCAGCUACAGGGAGAGCAAUCUGAUGCAAGUUUGGCUAGCAUUUUAAGCAAGAAAACUGAGGCCAUGAACAGACUGAAGUCCAUGGAGACAGAGAAGAUCCUUUUGCAGGAGGAGAUUGCUGCUGAAAGGAGUAAACUAUCCAAGCUUCUGCAAAGUCUUGAGCAAGCUAGAAGACAUGAAGACGUAUUAACGAAAAGGUGCCAGGAAGGAGAGAAGAUGAUAGAUGCACUUAUGAAGCAGGUUAACUUUGAAAGAACUGAGCUUGAGAGGAUUUUGACAUCAGGAAGAGCAAAGUCUAGCCAUCUGUUGCUGAAAGCGCACAACGACCAGGAAUGGCUGCAGACCAGUAUCAAGAAUCUGACACAGCAGAUAGCUGAAAUGUCUAGCAGAAACAAGCCUCUGAGCAUCACAAACUUCAUGGGUCGUCCAGGUUUUGUGAUCGAUUCUGUACAGCGGGAGCAAGAAUGCGCCAUGUGCUUGGAAGAGGAGGUUUCAGUGGUUUUCCUCCCAUGCGGGCAUCAGGUUGUUUGUGCAGGCUGCAACCAACGCCAUCGAGAUGGGGGCAUGACCGAAUGCCCAUCCUGCAGAUCUCCCAUAAAGCGUAGGAUCUGUGCUCGCUUUCCCGACAGUUAA